UUUUUUUUCUACACAGAGAAUCAUCGUCACGAAACAAGUUGACCUCUUCCUAGCUCCUGCAUUUUUAGCUUCUACAAUAUUCUCUUCCCGCGGCACCGGCAUCCCGCAACCCCCUCAAAACGAAGCUCGUUUUCUUUUGUUUUCUUUUUAUCCUGUCUACUAUUUAAUAAAAACAAAUCAAAAUGGCCUCCUUUUGGAACUCAAUAACAGGGAACAAACCCGAGCCCAAGCCCUCCUCGGAAGCCCCUACACAGCAACACACCUCGGCGCCAGCCUCGACCCAGAACCCAUUAUUCGACUCAUCACAACCCCAAGGCGUCGAUGCUUUCCUCGGCAGCUCUGCUUUCACGGACCCGUCAGCGCUGCACCCGCUAGCAGGCCUCAACAAGGAUGCGCUCGAGUACAUCACCCUCGAGGACUCGACCCUUUCAGAUUUGCCCGGCUCGCAGUCCGUCAUCCCCUCGCGAGGCUGGUCCGACGACCUCUGUUACGGCACCGGAAUCACGUACCUUGCCGCGCUCGGUGUCGGUGGUGCCUGGGGUGCGCAGGAGGGUCUGCGUAGGUCGGUCGGCCAGCCGCCCAAGCUGCGCCUCAACUCUGUCUUGAACGCGGUCACCAGGCGAGGACCUUUCCUCGGAAACUCGGGUGGUGUUGUAGCUAUCGUCUACAACUUGGCCAACUCCUACUUUGGCUACCUUCGCGGCAAGCACGACGCUGCCAACUCCAUCGCUGCCGGUACGCUGAGCGGCAUGUUGUUCAAGAGCACUAGGGGUCUGCGGCCUAUGAUGGUUUCCGGUGCUAUCGUCGGCUCCGUUGCGGGAGUUUGGGCUGUGGCACGGAAGACCUUCGAGAAGGGGUCUGAAGAGGAGAUCGCACACUAAAUAUGCCCGUUGUACUUGGAAUCAAGACAUCGCAGCGAGCAACAGCCUUCGACUCAAUCAUACACAAUCCGACACCCAGGCCCAUUCACCUCCUGGCGUGUCUUGUACAACUUUUAUAUACCCACCCGGACCAUGGGUGUUGAUGACAUAUUAAUCCGGUUACCUGCUUUUUCUUACUUUGAAUACAGAACAUGGCGGUUCUGGUGGCCCAGCGCUGGAUUACAGCAAAAAGCCUCGUCGUUUUUCUGCGCUGUUGGCACAUUUUAGACGGAGGGUUGCGGGAACUCGAAAAGAAGCUGGUGAUCUCUACUCCUCUCUGGCAACUGUACACUAGACUGGGGGGUUUGUAUGCAUAGAAAGCGCUCGGUCGAGCGUCGGGGCGAAGGGCAAGGGGCGUUGGUCAUGUCAAUGAAAUGUGAUUGACUGAUAUUUGUUGUUGCCUUCCUAUGAUGUUACGUCUGAGUACGGGGCUGAAAACUGGUGAUAGUGACAAUUUUACAGUCGGUCAGCCCCUGACCAAGAAGAAAUCAGGUUGG